UUUAGGUACGAGUUCACGUAUGGAGGUAUGCCAUAUUUUUUUAAAGCAUGGAUAUAACGGCAAAUCUGAAGUCGAGAUUAUCGAUGAUAUAUCAGCAUGCUUGGAAGAAUCCGGCAUUAAUUUUAAUUUAACACACCGGCAAGAUAUGUUAAAACAUACAAUUAAAAAUUUUAUAAAAAAAUGGGCACAAAAAUGGAGAGAUUCAAGUUAUUCUUGGGCAAAAUUUACACAAAAAAAUGCAUCCUGGUUGGCAGAAAAACUUUUUACUGACACUCAUGAAUUGUUUGAUGUUCCUGAGCCAGUUGCACCUGGCCCUUCAAAAAAAAAAUGUUUUUCAGAUUUAUCUGCAUCUCAGCAAGAACGAAAUACUAAAGAUAUAAGAGAUAAUUACUGUUCAGAAGCUCUGACUUACGCAGCGAUAUCUGUUCUCAGAAAAGAACAAAAACCUGAUUUGGCAAAAGCUGUUUCUAUUGCUGUGAAAUCUCCAGAGAAAGUACUUUCGGUUCCUAGUCAAAAGUUACCCAAACCUUUUUCCCCUAAUGAAGCAAUAGCUUUGUUUAUUAUAAAUGGAAAACAAACAAAAGCGCAGUAUCAAAAUAUGCGGGCUGCCACAAUUUGGAAAGACACCAACAUCUACCCUUCAUAUCAUGAGAUAAUGAAAUACAAAAAAAUGAGCUAUCCCAUUGAAAAUCUAGACAAUUUUACAGAAAUUGAAGCGAAGGUAUCACUCCAAAAUCUCGUAGACAUAACUGUCGAACAAAUUUUGGUACAUAUCUCUGAUUUAAACCACCCAUGUGAUAUCGUUUCAAUAUACAAAUGGGGUAUGGAUGGUAGCAGUGGUCAUCCAGAGUUUAAACAAAGAUUUAUUGAUUCAAAUAGUACAGAUUCAACUGUAUUUUGCACGAAUUUGGUACCCCUUUUACUGAAAACUGGAGACUCGGUUAUCUGGAAAAAUGAAAGUCCAAGUUCUUCCAGUUUGUGCAGGCCAAUUAGAAUAGCUUUUUGCAAGGAAGACACUGCUUCCACUCAAAAAGAGUAUUCAAGAGUAAUGAAAGAAAUUGAUGAAUUAGCAAACACUACAAUUAGACUAAACAAUUCUGUUGAAGUUACUGUACAACACGAAUUCCUUUUUACUAUGGUGGAUGGAAAAAUAAUAAAUGCAAUAAGCGAAAAUAAGGCGACUUCGAGAUGUCCUGUUUGUCUUGCUGGUCCAAAAACUUUAAACGAGAUACCAAAGGAGAAUACUGCUAAGGAUGUAUUCAAAUUUGGGAUAUCUCCACUUCAUGCCAAAAUUAACUGUAUGGAGUUUUUACUAAGAUGUAGUUAUAAGCUGCCUGAAACAAAAAAUGAGCAGGAAAUAAGAAAGAAAGAAGUUCAAAAAAGUUUCAAAGAAAAAACUGGUUUAAUUAUUGGCAAACCAAAACCUGGAUUUGGCAUUUCGCAUGAUGGAAACACAGCGCGAAGAUUUUUUCAAAAUUCGGAAUUGACAUCUGAAAUUAUAGAUAUUGAAUUAUCUAUCGUAAAAAGAUUUGCAAAUAUUCUCGCUGCUAUUUCAUGCAAUAGGACAAUUUCACCAGAAGCCUACAAAAAAUAUGCCUUCGAAACUGCGGAGCUUUUCCUCAACAUAUAUCCACAAUUUAAGUUUUCCCCAACAGUACAUAAAAUUCUGUACCAUGGACACGAAUACCUGGAAAAGUUUCCUUCCAUUCCAUUAGGUGCCCUUAGUGAAGAGCCUCAGGAAGCCCGAAAUAAGGACUUCAAGAAAUUUAGGACAGAUUUUUCACGGAAAAUAUCUCGUAAGGCUAAUUUGCAAGAUGUUUUUAAUAGAUUAAUGUUGACUUCAGAUCCUCUAUUUUUUUACAUUUAUCAAACAUUUCAAAAAUCAAAGCUUUCGAAGAAAACAGAAAAAGAACAUUUGCCCAUUGACUUACUAAAUAUUGAGGCCUGUAUCGAUAAUGACAUAAUGACACAGGCAUAUGACUCCAGUUCGGAUGAGGAAUCGGAAGAAAUCGAUAGCAUUGCGGAUGAUGUAAAUGAUUCAGAAAAUGAGUUUGAAGCUAUUCUUUUAUAA